CAGGAUAAUGUACUUAUUAACACAGGGGGUCUGGGUUGGGGACCGAGACGUUAUGAGAACCCGCCAUAUAACUGCAUACGUUGGGUUAUGAUUUUUUUCUUUUCUCAGACUCAUCAACCGAGUCUAACACUCUUCUCAUCAUGCCGCGUUUAUAGUGGACUGCUUUGAACAGCCGGUAAGCGUAAGGUGGCACUAUGUAAUAAGGUGAAGUUUGGGGUUUACUAUUGACUUUUUGUCGAUAGCAACUUUCCUUUGAAGAUGGAAGCCACUUCACCAAUUCCAAAGAAACAGCGCCACCUAAGCAUCUCCCAGCCAUCGACCCCAAUGAGCAAGUGCUUUGCCCUUCUCUGUCUAGCGGGAACAAUGUACGUGUUCUUCCUCAACCACAUUGUGCUCCCAGGUUCCGGUAUGCACCAUCGGGCCCCUGGACCCCACGACAUCGCUCGACACAAGAGGGCGCUUUUAGUGGAUGACAGCUUCUACAUUCGUGGUGAUCCUUUGCAAGGGGACCACACCUGUUAUCUGCGCGAUAAGCUUCAGUCUCUAUGGAUGCCGGACCUUCACUCGGUCUUUUCCGAUCCCAUCUCGGGCCAGGUGGUAUUCGUGGGGCUGAAGCUGCUGAAACACCGCUGGCACGGCGACGAGUUCCGCUGUGAGUUCCCAGAUGGUCAGGUCAGCCGGACUCACGUGCUCCGAGACGGCCGGAGCUCGGGAUACUUCCCCCAGUACGUGGUGGUUCUCACCUGCCCGAUUCCGGACACGUUCCGCUGGCGCGCCCGGUUCAGGUUGAACCUGCGUCGGGUGCCAACCAAUACCAGCUACGUCAACGUGACCGUGUGCACGUCAGGAGUCUCGCCCGAGAAACGAUACAAACUUGCUAUCUGUACAAUGGUAAAAAAUGCCGAUAGUUUCAUUCCCGAAUGGCUGACCUUCCACAGAUACGUGGGUGUGGAACACGUCUUCAUCUACGAUAACGAACAAGUUGAAAAGUCAAACCUCACAAGAACUUUGAAUGAUUUUAUCGAUGAAGGCUUCGUGACUGUCAUUCCUUGGGCGCACUCGGUAUCUCCGUACAAGACUUACCUGGAGGUACAGAUAGCUCAUGAGAACGAUUGCAUCUGGAGACACAAGCACGACGUUGAUUGGAUGAUCAAGAUUGACGUAGACGAGUACAUCCAACCAAUGGACGCCAACCGGACUCACGUGAUCACCGACUAUCUGAGCGAGUCCAUAUUCGACCACGUGGCCGCCGUGCGCAUUCAAAACUGGUUUUUCGGCCAUCCACCACGUAUCGCUCCGCGCGGCGACUCGGUCAUCGAGCGCAAUCGGUGGCGCUCGAAAUUGCCUACACUGCAAAACACAGGGCACGACAAGAACAUUCUCCGGCCAAUCAACGUGCACUACUUCAAGAUCCAUAGUGUGAAACUCGGUGGUGACGUCAUAUCAGCUGACCCACACACCGAGCUGCGAUUGGUCCACUAUCGCUCUGACAAUCUGAGAGCACGACGGUUUUCUUUGCCAGACUUUAGCGUGAAAGACGAGUCGAUGGUAAAGCUAAGGAAUGCCGCACUGUCAUCGCUGAUGGGACAAGAUUCUACAACAGUUGAGUGUUUUACAUCAGAGAUGGAUAUCAACAUGAAUACUACCUCAGAUGAGGGCAUUUAAUAAAUGUCCAGAUAAUUGGUCCGAUUGGAUAAUCAUUUUUUGGAGGUUAGCAGUUCCCAGAAGUUUUGACCAUCGAUUAGCGCGCCGAGUAAAACAAAUCUAACUUUUUCGGUAAUUAAAACGGAGAUGGAUUAACAAAAAAACCCAAAAUAAUUGACAAGUUCGAUGGUUGGCUUUUGGACUUGCCAUGUGACCGUCCAUAAAACAUUUUGCACACUUAUUUCUGCACUGGUACCGGGUAAAAGUCAGUACCGGUACUUGGUUAUCAGUAUUCGUUAGUUGAAAAAAUGAAGAGGAAAAACAAAGCAUCAUAGCAACCAAAUGCAAUAGUCGAAGGCCGUGAAAUGCCAGGGAUGGUGAUGGUCAUGCUUCCUCCAAAAAAAUCUUGGAAUCAUUAUCGGCAUCAAAUCGUGUAUUCUAAAGAUAUACGCUGGCCGCGUUUUAAUAUUCGCUCUUUGCAUAGAUUCUCAAGGCUAGGGUAGAGUGGUCCGUCCAUGUUUAUCGAGACUGAUUAAUAGGUCAAUAAUGUAAAACUGUAGGAGGCAUAAUAUCUUUUCCUUUCAAAAGAAAUUGUAUUCUGAAUUCCAUAUAUCGCUCGAGGCCUUCCUUCUGCCGUCCUCGCUACUGUUCAGACCUUUAAUGAACUGUAGUAAACUCAGAAAGGUUGGGCAAUCGGGUUGGUAUUUUUCCCAAUGUUGGUCAACAUAUAUACCGAUUUACUGCAAACAUUUCGGGACACAUUCUGUCCAAAAAGUUUGUCAAAUUGCGGUAGUUUGAUACCGACAUUUGGGCAAAUUUAAAAUUGCCCAAAAUUGUCACCGAACUUUGUUUGAAUGUAUUCAAGACAUGUAUUAUUAAAUUCAUGAACAGUUAAUUUUUAUUUGUAAA